AUGCCGAAUCAUUUCAAUUCUUUUUGGAAGUUAUUCAUGGAGAGUCUUCUAUCACUGGUACGCUUUGCAUCUAAGAAUAAAGAAAUAAAUAAAAUAGCUGCACCGAUUUCAGAUGACAAUAUCGAAAAUCUUCUUCACUUGGCAGAUAUGUAUGAUACUCCUACUGCAACAAGGCGAUGCGAAGAGUUCUUACUUUUAUUUCCAACAAAAAUUAUAUUGAGAAAGAAAAUAAGAUUGGCUGUUCAGUAUAGAUUAGGUAAUUUGAAAGCGAAAUGUCUCAAAGAAGUGAGGACAAUAAAAGACAUUCCAGAUAUAUUACCAGUUCCUUUGAAAGAAUUGGAUAUAGGAACCGCAUUUUCAAUGCUGAUAAGAGUCUAA